AACCGAGCUCCUUGGAGGGCUCCACAAGGUUUGGGAAAUCUGGGGAGGCUGACGGGUGGAUGCUCCAGGCUGCACCUCUGGAGCGGGCGCUGGCUCCUCUCCAGGCCACCUUGCCGAUGUGCUGCGUCCGUCGCGUCUCGUGAGACCCCGAGAGCCCUUCGCCCGCGAGUUGCUGAGAAGAUGAAAGAGGAAAGCAUGUGCCCAGAUUCCCCCGAAGGCAGCCUGGUCACCAGCGAGGAGGAAGGCGAACGGCUGCACAAGAAAUGCCUGCGCAAGCGUGGCCAGGGGGGCAAACCGGCAGAGGACUGCGGUGCCCCAUCGCCGCAGGGCAAGCGGAGCAAGCGCAGCCCCGUCCCGCAGUCCUUCGAGGACGUGCACACGCAACGCGUGAUCGCCAACGUGCGGGAACGCCAGCGGACCCAGUCGCUCAACGACGCCUUCGCGGAGCUGCGGAAGAUCAUCCCGACCCUUCCCUCCGACAAGCUCAGCAAGAUCCAAACCCUCAAGCUGGCCGCCCGCUACAUAGACUUCUUGUACCAGGUCCUGCAGAGUGAUGAGCUGGACCACAAGAUCACCAGCUGCAACUACCUGGCCCACGAGAGGCUCAGCUACGCCUUCUCCGUCUGGAGGAUGGAAGGGGCUUGGUCCAUGUCCGCAUCCCACUGAGCCGGGGGUAAGAAACAGUCAAGUUAUCUACUCCGGUACCAGCCGUCGGCUUCCCGAGCUUGCAGGGAAGCCGACGUCCCCGGCUCAACGGGCUCGGUCCUCCCCGCAUCCCCCCAGGAUGUGCAGGCAGCUGCCUUCUGCCAGGACCAGGCAGGACAACUCCUCUCGGGAUGCUGGGAAGGGCUCGAGCCCGUCCUCGUUGCUUCCUACGUGGAUGGGAAAAGUCAGCGUCCGAGGAUUUGGCCAAGGAUGGAGCCCAGCACGGCUCCGCUUUUAUCCUUCUCUGGGCGGGGAGGGGGGGGGGGUCUGCACCCCAGCGAUGCCACGGUUCGAACCGCUGCUGGCGUGCAGAGCGGAUUUGGGGGGAGCUGCCGAACCCCUCAACCAACGCCGAGGCUCACGACGCCUUCUGCUCGCUCCUACUCCGUGGACGUUUCUCAAAAAAAAAAACAAACCAAAAAAAAAAAAACCCCAAAAAAACCCCCGCCCGUGCUGUUGGAAUGACCAAUUUCUUUGAAAUCAUUGGAAAAUAAGGC